AUGGCACUGCAAUGCAGACUUCUCAGUGCACAAACCAAGUUCACAAAGGAGCCGCGAGAUACGACUGUUGAGGUAGGUGGCACAGCAUCGUUUGAGUGUACCUUUGCCGAGCUGCCGGACUGUGAGAGUGUUUACUGGGUUCAGUCCAGACAGAGCUGCGCUGCAAGUAGUACCUUGGCUACCUGUCACACUGCAUUACCGAACGAACGAGUGGACAAGUCACGGUUAUCUGUGUCCUUUGAUGAGCGUGAGUACACCAUGAAAUUAAACAUCACCAACGUGACCAUGAGUGACGUGGGGCACUAUGCCUGUUGGAGCUAUCAUGGUGGCCCAUCUUCAUGUGGUCGCCUGAGAGUGGUGAAUCCGCCAACCCCGCAAUGUUCGUCAUCGCCUAGCGAUCCUAAAGUUGGUGAUACCAUCACUUUGGACUGUCGCGUUCCCAUGAAUGCGACCGUGCCAACUAAACUGACGUGGCACUGGGAGACGUCCAGCAAGGUGAAAAUCACCAACACCGUUCAUCCCGGGAUGAGCUCCCAACAGACGCAUGUUCUGAGAGACACUGACAACUACAAACCAUUCAUGUGCAUCGCAGGGAACAGCCUAAGCACGGGACCGCAGUGUUCUGUCUACCCACUCCAAAUCCACCUGACCGUCAGGGUGGUGUUACUCCCGACUUCCCCUGGCAACAACGGCAUCGCACUGAAGUUCCUCUGUCACACCCAGUCCAUUCCUGCCACGACCCGUCACAUGUGGUCACUUCUAUACCCCGCAAACUUCACCAAUGGCACUGAACCAGAAUGGCUGGAUGUCACAACCACGCAGGGUCGCUACCAGGUCCUCCAGUCGGGACGGUACCUUCACAUCAGCAACAUCACCCGGCGGGACGACGGACUGAAAGUGAGAUGCUUCGCUUCGAACAGUGCCAUGAAUGCCACAAGCAAACCGGUGACGAUCGUCAACUGCGCAAACACCAACUCGUUUGCGUCAAAUGUGACACACUGCACAGUGACGACAAGAACUCCCCAGACGGACAACAAGAUCCUCAACUACGCCGGAAUUGUCACAAUUUACGUCAUUGCGUUCCUGGCGAUAGUGUCUGUUGUCUUUCACAUCUGGCACAUCAGACGAGAGAAGAAGACACUCAUCACACAACUUGAACUGACGGAGCAGCAAAACUUUUGA